GGGUAGAGGAGGGAGAGGCGCCGGAGGGAGAGGCGACCCGGGGAGUCGUUGUGGGCCGCGGGCCGGACCGGGGCCGGGGCCGCCGCAGCCUGGGCCGGGCGGAAGGCUCGGCGGGCCGUUGGGAGGCCGCCGAGGCUGUUCGGGGUCCUCCCCGGCCGGACUUGCGCUCCCGGGCGUCCCUGAGCCUCCCGGCACUGUGCCCACCCCGCUCCAGCUCGCGUCUCCAGGCUCCGAUUAGGUCAGGCUCGGAGUUCCGCGGCCGCGGCUCCGGCCCGCGACGCGCGGCGGCCGCUCGGCUGGCUCGCCUUUCUUCUUCCCCAGCCUUGCUCUCGGCCUCCCCCUCCCCCUUCUCUCCCCCUCCACCCGGCACCUGGGUUUUGGUUUGGUUUCUUGUUGUAGGGGUUUUGUGUCAGCCCGAGCUCAUGGGUGUACAUUAUCAUGCUCCUCUUUUGUAGAGCACCCCGACGGCCAUGGAGGCUGAAGAGACGAUGGAAUGCCUUCAGGAGUUUCCUGAACAUCAUAAAAUGAUCUUGGACCGAUUGAAUGAACAACGGGAGCAGGACCGGUUUACGGACAUCACCCUGAUUGUCGACGGACACCAUUUUAAGGCCCACAAGGCUGUUUUGGCUGCCUGCAGUAAGUUCUUCUACAAAUUCUUCCAGGAGUUUACUCAAGAGCCUUUGGUUGAAAUUGAAGGUGUUAGUAAAAUGGCUUUUCGCCACUUAAUUGAGUUCACAUACACAGCAAAACUAAUGAUACAAGGGGAAGAAGAAGCCAAUGAUGUGUGGAAAGCAGCAGAGUUUCUACAAAUGCUGGAAGCUAUUAAAGCACUUGAAGUCAGGAAGCAGCUGAGAAGAGAUGAUCCCUUUGUGGGGACAGCUGAACUUGAUGACCAACCUGCCUUACUCAGAUUUUUGGACAAGGAGGAGGAACAAAGAAAACUCAGCUCCAUUAGAGGAAAACACUACAGGAAAAAAUGAGGCAAAAAAAAGAAAGAUUGCAGAAACUUCAAAUGUUAUCACUGAAUCAUUACCAUCUGCAGAAUCAGAACCUGUGGAAAUUGAGGUGGAGAUUGCUGAGGGCACAAUUGAAGUAGAAGAUGAAGGCAUCGAAGCUUUGGAGGAAAUGGCUUCUGCCAAGCAGUCUAUAAAGUACAUACAGAGCACAGGCUCCUCCGAUGAUUCCGCUCUGGCGUUGUUGGCAGAUAUCACCAGCAAGUACCGUCAAGGUGAAAGCAAAGGACAGAUUAGCGAAGAUGACUGUGCAUCUGACCCCAUAAGCAAACAGGUAGAAGGUAUUGAAAUUGUGGAACUUCAGCUGUCACAUGUGAAGGACUUGUUCCAUUGUGAGAAAUGUAACCGUUCAUUUAAAUUGUUUUACCAUUUUAAGGAACACAUGAAAUCACACUCCACUGAGAGUUUCAAGUGUGAAAUAUGCAAUAAAAGGUAUCUUCGAGAGAGUGCGUGGAAACAGCACCUUAACUGUUACCACCUUGAAGAAGGUGGAGUAAGUAAGAAGCAAAGAACUGGGAAAAAAAUUCACAUAUGCCAGUACUGUGACAAACAGUUUGACCACUUUGGACACUUUAAAGAACACCUUCGAAAACAUACAGGUGAAAAACCUUUUGAAUGUUCAAAUUGUCACGAGCGGUUUGCUAGAAAUAGCACUCUCAAAUGUCACCUCACUGCAUGCCAAACUGGAGUAGGAGCAAAAAAGGGCAGGAAGAAGCUUUAUGAAUGCCAGGUCUGUAACAGUGUAUUUAACAGCUGGGACCAGUUCAAAGAUCACUUGGUAAUACACACUGGAGAUAAACCCAACCAUUGUACUCUGUGUGACUUGUGGUUUAUGCAAGGAAAUGAAUUACGGAGGCAUCUUAGUGAUGCUCACAAUAUUUCAGAGCGUAUAGUAACUGAAGAAGUCCUUUCAGUAGAAACACAUUUACAAACCGAGCCAGUGACAUCAAUGACUAUUAUAGAGCAAGUUGGGAAAGUGCAUGUGUUGCCACUGCUUCAGGUCCAAGUGGAUUCCGCACAAGUAACUGUGGAACAAGUUCAUCCAGAUCUGCUCCAGGACAGCCAAGUGCAUGAUUCACAAAUGACCGGGCUUCCAGAGCAGGUCCAAGUGAGUUAUCUGGAAGUGGGCCGAAUUCAGACUGAAGAAGGCACUGAAGUACAUGUUGAAGAGCUUCACGUUGAACGGGUAAAUCAGAUGCCAGUUGAAGUACAGACUGAGCUUCUAGAAGCUGACUUGGAUCACAUGACCCCUGAAAUCAUGAGCCAAGAGGAGAGAGAGCCUAACCAUGCAGAUGCUGCCAUGGAAGAACACGAAGAUGCUGAGGGGUUAGAGACCAAACCAAGCGAGUAUUCCCAAGCUAGAAAAACAGAGAAUGACAGGACAUCUCUGCCGGUUUUAGAAUGAAAUAACAGUUAUAUUUUUAAAUUUACAUUUGUGGUAAACUGAUGGGCAGUGUGACCUUAAGCUAUCAAAUAAGUGGACCAAAGUUAAACUAUUUCUGUUGUGCUGAACUGUUUCUAUGGAAACAGGCUGAUGUCCUUCCAGUUAAUGCCACAGAGUGGGAAUAUUCCUCAUAAUGAGUGGAAGCUUUGAGAAGUAUAUUUCUGUUAACUUAAAUGAAUUAUAUUCUUAUUAUAUAGUUGGGUACGAAUGCAUCUAUUUUCAUUGUGGUAAGGGUCUCUGUAUCCUCUUCCCCAGGUCAUGUCUUUCCUUAAAUUCUUUGCAUAUUAUAAAAUCAUACUUAAAACCAUUAGAAUACGUACAUUUGUAUUCUAAUGCAUGUUAAAAAGUUGAGUAUGUAGGCAACACAAGGCUGCAUGAGGGAAGUGCAUUGUUACGUGCAGUUAAUAGUUGGGGGCUGGCUUUAUUUUGAACAACAUUCUUGUCUAUCCAGUGGCUACAAAUGUUGUCCCCACAACAGAAACGGUGGUGGCAGAAUUUCUAGAAUGUUAAAAAACAAAAACAAAACAAAAAAAAAAAAACCACCCUGUGCCUUUUCAAAGCCAACAAAACUUCAGAAAAACACCUCUGGUUCUUUCAAAGUUUGUGUUUUAAAGUGCUCUGGUACUUGGUAUUUUUUGCUAAAAUGACAACUACCAAUUCUUUUUCCUUUAAGUUACAUUGAAAUUUUUUCAUUUAACGGCAGCUGAAGGGCCAUUUUCAAUUGGAAAAGUUCACUUCCAUCUGUGGUAAACUUUAUUUUGAUGAGAAGUUGCACUAGUAUUUUACCACCAGAUGGAAAAAAUAUUAGGUGAGCAUCAUUUUUAAAUUAAUGUAUUUAAAAUAAAGUACAGAGGAUAUGUACAUGUAUAUAAUAUAUCAGGCUUUUGUUUUGAGUGGAAUCUUUUCCCCCCAAUUCUUAAUGUAAAGAUUUUGUGCUAUAACUUUUAAAGCCAUACAAAUAAGAGUGCUAAACUGUGGACUUAAAAGUAGUUGUGUAAAUAUUUUUAAUCAGUAUUACUUGGAAAAUAAAAAUAACAACCACGUAAAAUCAAUAUUGCUAUUUUCUUUACCUGUUAAAUACUGGGAGAUAAUUUACGUUUUAAAGUAAACUUUAAAAUUAUGUGUUA